GCUGUCAAUGGUCCUUAUAAACCACAACAAAGAAGACUAAUUUGCUUUGGGUCGUUUUUAAUAUUUGUGUAAAUGACAAGAUAAAUAAAAGCUGUUAUUCCCACAUAAUAAAGCUGGACCUCAAUAUUGUAUGCUGGAGCCAAGUAAAAUAUCUACCCAACUAUCUGAACCCAGAUGUCUUCCCGAGCUCUAAAUAUUGUCUAUUAACUGUAAGAACUUCUGAGUGAAACAACUAAAAUGGUGUCUUUUAUACCAAGUUUAAGUUGCGGUCCAUGCUUGUAUUGCAAUGGAAUGUCGCAGGACGCCCCUGAGAAGUUCCUUCGUUGUGAUAUAUGCAGACGGUGUGCACACAUAUCAUGUCUUAAGUCUGGCUCACCAGAGGGAGCUCUCCUAGGAGACAACUUCUUCAAUUUUACAUGUUGUGUGUGUCAACAAAGCGGCCAGGAUACCACCGUUCGAGCCAAAUUAACUACGCCUCAGAUGCUGCUGCUGGUGAUGUAUAACUUGCACAAGACAGAAGCUCACACCACUCGUCAUGGAUUUUUUCAUUGGAAAAUCCAUGUUUACAAUUUUAUCAGCAAUCACUGGAAGGACAUAUUUGGACCAGAGAGUCGUAAAAAGAGGAAAAAAGUGCUGCAAGCUUCACUGAGUUCGCAGUUGUCGCAUCAUGGCCAGUACUUCAUUAGUGGUUAUGAGACUCUUCGAGAUGGAGGCUGGUACAAGCUAGAAAGUGUCCUUCCUCCUGCCCAGAUCUUACAACAACAGAUGACCCAGAAACGUGGAGGCAGAAAAAGAUUGAAAGAUGAGUCUUCUAAGGUCUUUCAGGAUAUACAUCACAUUAAGGAGGAACUAGUGGAAGAAUCAAUAAGUUCUGCUGAUGUCUCAUUUGACAGCCAUGAUGAUUCUUCCCGAGGCUCGUGGUUCACCGAGAGAGAGCUUCUCAAGCCUCACACUUGCCCACCUCAAGCACUCUUUGAUAGUGAUGAAGAAGAGGAACUGGAAGAAACAAAGUACAGUUUUCCACAGGCAGAGGUCAACCUCAAGGGUUACACUACUGCACUGUGGCAAGAAAUUGAAGUGAAAGAGGAAGAAUGUGACACAGAGUUCAUUGAUGUGGAUGGAGGUGAAGUUACAACAGAGGUGCAUCUACUAGACGACUCACCAGCGUGUACUAAGGUUUCACUCUUCACUAAGACUAGUCCACCUCCUACCACACUAGUGGAUCUUCCUCCUGUAUUGAGACAGGAAACUAAAGAAAAUGUCCGUGCAUUAAGUGGAUAUGAGGAACGACAGUUGUUGCGACAGUUGGAUCGUCUUCAAGAAUCUGGUUCUUUACCUCCCCAUCUGCAUCGUUUUCGUCGCAAACUGGCUGUCAGAAAAUCGAAGUUGGAACAUGGCCUUCCACUUUUUAAUCUAGACUCGGAAAUCAAUUUUUGGCGUAGUUUUGGCAGACUUAGGAGCUAUCGUGAACGUCUUCAGUGCAAAAUGACGCAAAACAUGAGUGACUCGACUGCCAGAGUUCUAGACAGAUUUCAGGUGUGCACUGGUCAAGAGCAUCGCAGACAAGAGGAGACAUCCAGCUUCUUGAUCAAGCUUGUCGGUGCUCCGGCUGGAUCGCUGCCUCUUAUUUACAGCCCCUACACUCUCAGGAAUCUUAAGCCGUACAUAAUGCGAGAUUAUGAGUCUGUUCCACUCAAGCUCCAGCUUCUGCAAGAGAUUAUCUCACAUCCCCACCGUGAUGAAGCAGGAUGGUGUCUGCCUCCCAGACAUCCAAUAGAUUACUGCUAUGUGACACCCAAGCAUAUUCCAGCCAUGAACCAGCUAGCAAGGCAUUUCUUCUGGCCAGGAAUUGAUUUGUCAGAAGUGCUACAAUACCCAGAUCAUACAUGCGUUGUCCUCUACCGAAACUUAGUAGUGGGAUUUGGUGUGCUUGUUCCUGACACAGGUUUUAACAUUGCAUAUCUCUCGUUCUUGUUGGUGCACCCAGAGUGGCGACGUGCUGGCAUUGCUACAUUUGUUCUCUACCACUUGAUUCAAACAUGCAUGGGUAAAGACGUGACCCUUCAUGUUUCAGCAACAAAUCCAGCACUGAUCUUGUACCAGCGCUUUGGCUUCAAAGUGGAAGAAUUUCUCUUUGGCUUCUAUGACAAGUACCUGCCAGAGGACAGCCCAGAGUGUAAACAUGCCAUGUUUCUCCGUCUUAGUAGAUAACUUUUCCCCCGAAGAUAAUUAUAUUUACUGUACUUAAAAGCUAAAUAAAGAACUUUUGCUGAUA